UUGAUGCCAAGACUGUGAACAUUUAUGUUGUUUCCGGUGACAAGAUUACGCAAAGCGGUGUGUGAUUGACGGGGGGAGAAGCACUUACCUGUACAGAACGUAAAAGAACGUCAGCAGUACAGAGUGUUGAACCAGCUCACGAGCAGUCCGGAUCAACUUGAAAGCUCACACUUUGUCUUUGUAAAUAGUAUUUAAGAUAAGAAUUGUUAAGUCCUUAACUGAGUCAGUCCUUAUCAUCCAUGACAAUUUCCGACCGCAUACUUCGGUAUGAAUAAUUAAACCAAAAUGUAUUGGGUCUGGAGACUGGCAAGGCCACGCCAGAACUUUGAUAUGCUUCUUACGGAGCCACUCCUUGGUUUUCCUGGCUGUGUGCUUUGGGUCACUGUCAUCUUCAAAGACCUAGCCACGACCCAUCUUCAAUGCUCUGACUGCGGGAAAGAGGUUGCUCCUCAAAAUCUCACAAUACACGGCCGCGGUCAUCCCCUCCUUACUACAAUGCAGUCGUCCUGUCCCAUGUGCAGAAAAACACCGCCAAAGCAUGAUGCUACCACCCCCAUGCUUCACAGUAGGGAUGGUGUUCUUGGGAUGGAACUCAUCAUUCGUCUUCCUCCAAACACGAGCCGCGCGGUCACCAUCACCGCCUCAAGCUUCCUACAAACGUCGGCGUACGAGGAGGAGCCCAGUCAAGUCUCACAUGGUGCAGCAGCACUGGGCCCACAUCACUCUCCGCCGAGAACCGGACUCUGUCACAACGCUCACGUCACGUUCGAUCCCGGCGCUUUCUGCAAAGGCGCUCUGUUGUCAGGCGAGACCGCGCCAACGUGGGAGUGGAGGGGAAAAAAAAAUAUGAUUUUGGAAAUACACAUUUUCUGGAUGUUGGUGUUUGUCAACUUCCAUCCAUAAACACGCCGAGGAGACGCAUUUUUCACGUGGAAUUCUACCGGAGCAAUGGAUUUUUACAACAGUUCCCAAAACAACAUCUUUAUGCACCAUGACUACCUGGGUGAGUUCUCGCAAGACAACGAGACCAACUCGAGCGGCGCCAACCCCAACUCGGCGGACUGCUUCCAGCUGCAGAUCCCGCAGGAGCUCUUCCUGUCACUGGGCCUCAUCAGCCUGGUGGAGAACAUCCUGGUCGUAGUGGCCAUCAUCAAGAACCGCAAUCUUCACUCGCCCAUGUACUACUUCAUCUGCUGUCUGGCCGUAUCCGACAUGCUGGUGAGCGUCAGCAACGUGGUGGAGACCGUGGUCAUGCUGCUGCACGACCACGGCCUGCUGGACGUGCAGCCGGGCAUGCUGCGCCACCUGGACAACGUGAUCGACGUGAUGAUCUGCAGCUCGGUGGUGUCGUCGCUCUCCUUCCUGAGCACCAUCGCGGCGGACCGCUACAUCACCAUCUUCUACGCCUUGCGCUACCACAGCAUCAUGACCACGCAGCGCGCCGUGGGCAUCAUCGCGGCGGUGUGGCUGGCCAGCAUCACCUCCAGCAUCUUCUUCAUCAUCUACCACACGGACAACGCCGUCAUCGUGUGCCUGGUGACCUUCUUCUGCUCCACCCUGGUCUUCAACGCCGUCCUCUACCUGCACAUGUUCCUGCUGGCGCACAUACACUCGCGCAGCAUCACCGUCAACUUCCGCAAGAAGCGGCGCCCGUCCACCAGCAUGAAGGGCGCCAUCACGCUCACCAUCCUGCUCGGCGUCUUCAUCGUGUGCUGGGGGCCCUUCUUCCUGCACCUCAUUCUCAUCCUCACCUGUCCCACCAGCCCCUUCUGCACGUGCUUCUUCCGGAACUUUAACCUCUUCCUCAUCUUGAUCAUCUGUAACUCGCUUAUAGACCCUCUCAUCUACGCCUACAGGAGCCAGGAGCUGCGCAAAACUCUCCAGGAGCUGCUCCUGUGCAGCUGGUUCUUGGGCGUCUGAACCAAGAAGAAUGACACGGUCACAAGUUGAUUUCACUUCGGAACGAUUUGGCUCAUUUUUCUGAUGCCGAGUGUGAAGCCGCAGCGAUGACAGCUGUGUCUGCUACACACUUAAACUCAAAAAGUAAACUGUUGACUUUGUCAAUGCAACAAUGAUGCACAAAGACUGACCUUACUGUAUUUUAGCUUUAACACACAAUGCGUGUGUCUGGGACAGGUUGACAAAAAUAUUAAGUCAUUUUUUAUCGUGACAUCGAGGGGACAGAUUUGAAUUCACCAAUGAAUUCAACAAAUAUGGACUCCGCACUGAGUUUGCAAUGAACCUAAGCAGUUUCUAACCCUGCUUCUCUUAAACUAUACUAACUAGUGUAGUAUGUACAAUAUAAUAAUGGUAAAAGUCCGGUGCAUGAAAUUGAAAAGUCAUUGAAAAGUGGAAACACUCUAAAAAGCAAGAGAAAUAAGAAGAGUUUGGAUUUAAAAACAUUUCCACCUGGGGCUGACGUCACUUCUGUUGGCAACGUUGUGUGCCGCAUAAUAGCUAAAUGCUGCUUCACCAUGUUUGCCUUGCUCCACGAUUUGUCCUGAGUCAGCCCAUCUCAGAGCUCCACUGGGUUUGUAUUCCUUUAGCAUUUCUUUCAUGGAUUCAGGAGAGAAACCAUUUAUUUUUGUAUAGACCAGUAGGAGAACUUUAAAAUCGAUUUUAAAGAUCACUGGAAGCGAGUGUAAAGACUUUACGAUUUGAGUUAUAUGCUCUGACCUCUUCGUUCUGGUCGGAACGCGAGCCGCAGCAUUCUGAAUAAGCUACAACGGUUUAAUGCUCUUUUUGGGGAGUCUGGUUAGAAGACCGUUAAAAUGGUCAAAUCUUUUUGAGUUUAAAUGCAUGGAUGAGCGUCUCCUUUUCGGGUUGACACAUGCAAGCCUUCACUCUGGAUGGUAAUGGGCAGUUUUAGUAAUUGAUUUGAUAUGACUGUUGAAAGUCAGGUCAGAAUAUCAGAGCACCAAAGUUUCAGACUUCGUCUUUGGUUUUUAAAGACAGCGAGUGCUGGUAUUUACGAACAGCAAUCUUUUUUUCUUAUCUCACUUUUGUUGUGGUUUUUUUGGAGAACAUUUUGUCUCAUCCAGUUAUUUAUCUGCUUUAGACAGUGAGACAACACCGCAAUUGAACUGUAGUCAUCUGGAGACACUGCUAAAUAUAACUGUGCGUCAUCUGCAUAGCUGUGAUAGUCAAAGAAGAAUUUGACCCAAGGGUAGCAUAUACAGGCUGAGCAGGAGGGGUUCGAGAACUGACCCUUGAGGGACCCCAUAGGUUAUUGCUAUUUGUUGAGAUUGAGCACUUUAGACUGAGAUCAAGCACAAUUAUUUGGACCCACUGCCAUCAAAUAUUCCUUAAAGGUAGUCUUUUACUCCGCAGUCUGACUGACAAAUGUAUCUGUGCGUGUAUGCGUGCGUUCUUGUGCGUGUGUGGCGUCAGAGUCGCAACUGUGACUGUUAAAAAAGCGAUGCACGUGAAGUACUGAGCCCGAUACAUCCGGUCAUCUAUUAAGUGCGUGUCUUUGUGGAUUUGAAAGUCAUUUUCAUGCACAUGUUCAGGCACUGGGGCUCGCAGCACAUGACUCUCAACUUUCAU